AUGAAAUUGCCCUUUGCUUCAUCGCAAAACAAUCUUAAUUCUAGCAACGUCAAGCAGCAAGUUGCCGGUGGUGGUAUUGGAAGUAAUCGAUACGAACCGAAAUCGGUGCUCGACGUGCGACGGAGUCCACCUAGUCCGAUUACUGGUAAGGCGUCGGAGUUCAAUUCGGUUGAUCAUAAUAUUGUUGUGUUUUCGUCGGAGGAGGAACAGUUGCCGUUGGAUAAUAUUGAACAUGGAAUGAUCCAUCAGUUUGAAGAAUGGGAUUCUCUCAUGAAGGAAUUGGGUCUUCAUGAUGAUUCUACUAAAUCUGCUUACCCUCUUGAUCUUCCUGAGCUGCCUCCGAUACACACCGAAUCGGCUGCUCCGGCUACGGCUCUGUUCUUUCACUCGGAUUUCGAAAACUUGAAUCCGAAUCUUAACGGGCUUGAUUUUAUGAGUCAGGAUGAUGACGAUAACAGUAAUAACAAUGGAAACGGGUUUGAUUUCGUGGAUGAGUUGAUCCGGAUCGCUGAGUGCUUCGAAACUCGUUCUAUCCAACUAGCUCAAGUGAUAAUGACGCGACUCAAUCAGCGCCUCCGUGCACCUACCGGAAAAGCGCUUCAGAGAGCUGCUUUUUACUUCAAAGAAGCACUUCAAUCUCUACUCACCGGGCCAACUCGGAUGACUCAAUCUUCUUCGUCGUCAGAGAUUGUACAAUCGAUUGAAGCGUACAAGACGUUUUCAAACGUUUCGCCGAUUCCGAUGUUCUCUGACUUCACCGCGAACCAGGCGAUGCUGGAGGCGGUGGACGGUGCGAUGAUCGUGCACGUCAUCGAUUUUGACAUCGGCUUGGGCGGACACUGGGCGUCGUUCAUGAAAGAGAUCGCGGAGAAGGCAGAAGGUCGAAAGGUUCAUUCACCGGCUGUCAGAAUCACAGCUAUUAUUCCGGAGGAGUACGAAAUGGAAUCAAAAUUGAUCAGAGAUAACCUCUGGCAGUUCGCUCGUGGUCUAAAACUCCGAUUCGAUAUAGAUUUCGUGUCGUUUCGAACUUUCGAGUACUUGUCGUUCAAAGCGAUUAAGUUCAUGGAGGGAGAGAAGACGGCAGUUCUCCUCUCGUCAACGGUCUUCCACCGUAUAGGCGCCGGUUUCAUCAACGAUCUCCGGAGAGUUUCGCCACAUGUUAUCGUUUUCGUCGACGGCGAAGGACUGAUGGGAAGCGAAACGUCGUUCUUCCGUCAAACGGUAAUCGACGGGCUAGAAUUCUACUCAACGCUGCUAGAAUCGUUAGAGGCGGCGAACAUUGGUGGUGGCGGAGGGAGUGACUGGAUCAGGAAAAUUGAGAUGUUUGUGCUGCUGCCGAAGAUAACUGCGGCGGUGGAGGCGUCGGGUCGUCAUGUGCCGUCGUGGAGGGAGGCGUUCAGUAGGGCCGGCAUGAGGCCGGUGGGGCUGAGUCAGUUCGCUGACUUUCAAGCGGAGUGUUUACUGAGGAGGGUACAAGUCAGGGGGUUCCACGUGGUGAAACGGCAAGCGGAGAUGGUGUUGUGCUGGCAUGAUAGGCCCCUCGUUGCCACGUCAGCAUGGAGGUUUUAA